AUGGAUGAUGCAACAGAAACUACGGUGAAAAACUGUCAAGCGUGCGUAGUUAAUCAGCCUCUUAAUAAGUACACGUCGCUCCAACCAACAAUUUCACCUUGUGGUCCUUGGGUAAAAGGUGCAGUGGAUCUCGUUGGUCCAAUCAAUGGAAAAUCUAGUUUGACUUACAUUGAUUAUUAUUUAUCAUAUACGGAAGCAUUCAUUUUACAAGAGGUCACUUCACCCGAAGUAAUCAAAGCGUUGAAAGAUAUAUUCGCUAGAUUUGGGUUUCCAGAAGAAAUCGUUUCUGACAACGGAAAACAGUUUGUCAGCGCGGAAUUUGAGGCUGUUAGAAUACAUGCCCGGAUAUUCCGAGCACCCACACUUAAGUUACUUAACAGUUGCCCCAGAUUAGAAUACACCACAACGUACUACUGCUCACCUGCAAAUUUCCUUUGUGGUAAAUGCCUAAAAUGA